AUGGUUCCACCAGUUGGAGGUACAGAGUUUAAGCACAAGCUGCUUGUCUCUCUGCAGGCAAAUCAAGGUGGAUUCCAGGCGCUGGACGUACGAACUUUGCCACAGCCUCCAUCAAACCCUCUUGAUGAAGGCCGUCCUGUCCAUAUUAUACUCUACCCUGUCCAGGACCUUGAAGAGGAUCGAGAUUUCCUUGAAUCCACUCUGAAAUUCUAUCAAGCUGAACUCGCAGCAGUUGAUUUUUGCAAUGAGUCAGAUGAAAUCAGACAGCAGAUCAACGCUUGGGCAGAGGCACAGACUGCGGAUAAGAUCAAGGACUUGUUGGCCCCAAAUGCUAUUGGCAGUCUCACAAAGCUUGUCCUCGUCAAUGCCAUUUAUUUUAAAGGCAACUGGGAGAGGAAGUUUGAAGCUGAAAGCACCCAUGAGCAACCUUUCAAAAUCAGCAAGAAUGAAACCAAGCCAGUCCAAAUGAUGCACCAGACGGACAAGUUUAAAACCACUUACAUUCAUGCAGUUGAGCGCUAUGUUCAGAAAGAACUGAGUAUGAUCAUCAUGUUGCCAGUUCUAAAAGAUGAUGCAAGUGGACUGGAAAAACUUCAAAAUGGCCUGAGUUUUGAUAUGCUGUUAGACUGGACCGAUCAUGACAAGAUGGAUAAUGAUGAGAUUGUUGUAAUGCUCCCUAAAUUUAAGAUGGAGAACACCUACAAGUUCACCUCAACACUUGGUGGUAUGGGAAUGGUUGAUGCUUUUGAUGCUUUGAAGGCAAAUUUCUCGGGAAUGACUGAGAAAAAUGAACUGGUUUUGUCAAAAGUUGUUCACAAAACCUUUGUUGAAGUUAAUGAAGAUGGUACAGAAGCAGCAGCUGCCACAGCAGUUACUAUGAGGUUAAUGUGUCUAAUGAUUACAAUGGAAUUUGUGGCUGACCAUCCAUUCCUGUUUUUCAUCAGCCACAACAAAACUCACAACAUCCUGUUCUUUGGGAGAUUCUCCUCUCCUUAA